AUGAAUUCAUCGAAAUACUACAGCAAGAAGCCUAUUGUCCUUAUUGUAAAGGCGAAACAGCCUGCGGAUGCGAUAGAGAUCGCUUUGGAGCGACAAUUCUCAUUGAAAAAGGAUGGAGAUACCCUGAGUUUGUCUAUCGGCCAGGAAUCGGUUACGGUACCCACCCAAUGCCACGAUUCAUUACGCCUACUCAUUCAUCAUCACGAUAUUUAUCGGCAGACUUCCACUGCGCUCUUGGCGCUGCCGCACCCAUCACCACUUGUACCGAUCUACUUUGCCAUUACAUUUUACUACUGCGAAGUGCUGCUGGCAUUCCAGAAAGAGGUGAUAGAUGACGCACCUGGUUCAGACAAGACAUGGCGCUCGGCACAUCUCGAUUAUCAUUUUGCGAUGGCGUUAGAUGACCACGCAUUCAACCAGGAGAAACAAAAAGCAACGCUAUCGAAGAUCAAACGCACUUGGGCUGAUUUCAAGAGGAAGAAGGGAUAUGAGCCAGUCGAUCAGCUCAAUAUCAUCGAGUACCACAAGCGGAUGUGCAAAGGCAAGGACAUGUGCGGUGAUCCCUCUGCAAAUCAUCGUAUAUCGGUGUCAGAUAUGAUUGCAUCCAUAGUAGCAUCCGACAUCGGCAGCACGCCAAUGGUUGUUGAUGCAGAGAAGGUCGAAAAGAAUUUUCGGAUCAAUUCUGACCAAGAGGAGGACGACAUCGACGAGGCUGCGAAUAUCUCGGAGAUUCAGGCGGAUGGACGGAAAGAGCGUCGACAGACGAAGGUCGGCCGUCGGGAAAAGGGUGCUCAUGGACGCGUGGAGGCAACAACUGACAGUGUUGAGGGCCGCACGAACCGAUCUUCCAGGAAGAUAAUCACUAGGGGCAAAGGGAAGGCGAUUGUUGAGUCUGGGGGACAGGAUGAUACCCAUAAAUAUGCCACACGCUCGACACCCGACAUGGUACGAGCUGCGCACACAAAGGGAAAAGAGAAGGAGAGUAUCGAGUCUGGUCACGAGUAUGACAGAGGCGACACUAUGUCUGACAUGGAUGGUAUUGAUGAGGGCGCACAGGCCACACCAGGAAUACCAAGAUUGAUGGGUGUGCGAGCACCAUCAGCAGCGGAGUCGGGCACUUUGAGAGGAGUCGAUGAGGAGGGUGCUGGUGACUACGAGGAUGCAGACCUCCCGUCCACCUUUGAGGACUGGGAGAACUGGAACCGGAUCGCAUUCCAGAACGGCAACUCACACAUAUUUCUGAAGCUUGGUACUUGGAUACUACUUCGAUUCCGACAGCUGGCGAAUACGCCCAUUGACGGGGAUCUCGACGGGCUUCUGAUUCCCGACCAUCCUGCGCAAUUCGACAUAGAGGAUAACGCCGAUUUCCAGGAGGCACUAGGAAUGACCCGUCUGUAUUCUGCUCUCGCGCACAUCGACACAAAUCCAGAAUAUCUAGUCCACAUCUUCCAUGAGAUCGGAAAGGCGUCCUCUGAGGAGCGACUUGGAAGCAGUCACCCUGGAAUUAGACCCCUGCCAGAACUGCCGGCACCCAUCAAGAGCAUGAUCUUGAACGACCAGCCACCUUGGUUGAAGACUUUUCCCCUCGAUCACGAGGUACACGACGAUGAACAGGAUGACCAGCAUGCCGAAGAUCAUGUCGACGAUUAUGGUGGAGGUGUAUCAGGGGCCCUCAAUGAGAUGGUAAUCUCUGGUGCGCAAGAGCCAGGGGACAUUUCAGAAUGGCAGGAUACACAAGCACGCAAGAGGCCGCUGUCAAGCACGCUGUAUCUACAAAAGAGGGAAGGCAGACAUGCAUUUGCAAAGCGCACGAAGAGCAGUACAGCAAAGUCAUUCAUCCAUCCUUCAUCACCGGUCGUGCCACCCAUUGCACCACAUGCAACGGCCACUUCAAAGGUCAUCAUUGUUCCAACGACUGAGCCAUCUCGAAUGGAGACUGUCAUCGUUGCACCGCCCUCGAUAGCAUUCGGAUCUCACAUCAUUCACGACUAUGAUAUGAACGCUGUCAGUGACUCGAUGCAUAAACGCAGCCAGGAUAAUACGAGCGAGCCGAGUGAAAUUGGGUUGGCGAGUGAGAGUGAGAAGGACUCUGACAUGCAAAUAUCGUCGGCCUCGGAGGUACAUGAGGCAGUGGAGCAAAUCGAUGAUUAUGAGGAAGCCAGCUCUGCCUCUGACAUCAUCUCCAUGGAAGAUGACGGUGCUGGGGAGUCAGACUCGCCCCAGAAGCCUACUAACAACGUUAGGAAGACCAGGGAAGGUACUGCGAGACCGGAAUUAUAA